UGUCACACUGAUGCUUUUAUCUGGAAAUAAUCACAUCUAUACAAUAACCACAACUAUAGAAGACAGAAUCUGUAGAAUCAAAGAGGGUUUUUGAGCAAUUCAGAACAUAAUUUUGUCACUUUUUUCUGGUUAUAUGUUUUGGAAAAAAUCAUUUAACAGCAUUUUUAACAGCAAAACCAAUGUUUAGAUCUCUGAAGCUCAAGCAAAAGGUGAAAAUGGAUCCAGUGGCUGUUGGAGAUCCUGCUUGUGCUUUACACAGAGAGAAACUCCAACUCUUCUGUCUGGAGGACAAACAGCUUGCGUGUUUGGUGUGCAGAGACUCCGAGAAGCACAUCAGUCACACAUUCAGACCCAUCGGUGAAGCCGUUUCAUCAUAUAAGGUAAGAGAAAUGUCUCAAGUUUCAUAUGUAAUGAACAAUUCAUCAUUUACUGUUUUUGAUCAAUUCCAGGAGGAGCUCAAAACAACACUGAAGUCCUUACAGUUUAAACUCACACAAGAGUUAAAGACGAGAGGAGAGUUGGAGAAAACAGUUCAACAUAUCAAGUCUCAAGCCGAUCACACAGAGCAUCAGAUUAAACAUGAGUUUAAGAAACUUCAUCAGUUUCUCCGAGAUGAAGAAGAAGCUACAAUCACUGCACUGAGGGAGGAAGAAGAGCAGAAGAAGCAGAUGAUGAAGGAGAAGCUGGAGGAGAUGAACACACACAUCUCAGCUCUUUCACACACGAUCAAACACACGGAGGAGAUGCUGAAAGCCAAUGACGUCUGCUUUCUAAAGGAGUUUCCAGUCUCAAUGGAAAGAGUCCAGAUCUCACAGCCGGAUCCACAGACGCCUUCUGGAGCUUUGAUUCAUGUGUCUUGCUACUUGGGGAACCUGACAUACAGAGUCUGGAAGAAGAUGCAGGACAUCGUCCACUACACUCCUGUGAUUCUAGACCCAAACACUGCAAAUCCACAUCUUGUCCUGUCUGAUGAUCUGACCAGUCUUAAAGACAGCUUUUUAAACAGUAAACCACUUCCUGAUAAUCCAGAGAGAUUUGACUAUUACUCAUGUGUUCUGGGUUCAGAGGGUUUUACCUCAGGAAAACACUGCUGGGAUGUGGAAGUUAAAAAGUGUUCAAUCUGGAGUCUUGGAUUAACUACAGCAUCAAACCAGAAGAAGGGACGUGAUUUCUUUAACACUGGGGUUUGGUGUGUGAGCUUUGGAUUGUAUGAACCAUCUGGUUUUAUUGUUAAUCAGGAUCUUGAGCGCGUGAGAGUUGAUCUGGACUGUGGCAGAGGAACUGUGUCUUUCUCUGAUCCUGUAACAAACACACAUCUACACACAUUCACAACCACCUUCACCGAGUCAGUCUUUCCUUUCUUCUGUAGUAUUUAUCAACUCAGGAUCUUACCAUUUAGAAGUUAGCUCUAGACUGCGGUUUAGUGUACAGCUCUACACACCAUCAGCUUUUGUCUCUACAUAAGUUGACACACACAGGGCUGGAUCUGGGUUGACUAAUAGCAAUAUUUGAUAGCAAUGCAAAAAAAUAUAAAAACACACUUAUCAAACACACUUUUA